UCAGGGGUCGUACUUGUGAUGUAGACAUAGAUGAGUGUACUGGAGUCAGCUGUGGACAGGGGGGCACUUGUAUUGAUAAACUGAAUGAUUUCACCUGUAUCUGUGCACCUGGCUAUACUGGACAACUUUGUACACAGAAACUGUCCUCCAAAUUUGACCUGAGCUUCCUGCAGGGAGAGCCAGACACCAUCAGUUAUGCCGUGGUCAGGGAUAUCGCUGACCAUAGACUCACCCCACUGACCCAGUUGACACUUCAAGCUUGGAUACGAAGUAACAAACCCCAGGGGAUGAUAGCCGUGUAUAAGGCAGCUGAUGGGACUGGGUUUGGGGUGAAAAAUCCUGGUGAUAUUGAGAUACAGAUAAAUAGUCACACUGUCCAGACAGGACUGGACAUCAGUGAUGGUCAGUGGCAUCAGGUCACUGCGACCUGGACCAGCCAAACCCAGGGAGUGACCCUUUACAGGGACGGCCAGCUGGUGGCCACUUACUCCAAUGUCCCUGGCUCUAGUAUUACCACAGGGGGGGACAUGGUCAUUGGACAGAGACAUGAGUCACUGAAGAUGAGACGAAAACGUGCUAUCCAGACAGGCGUGGCAUUUGAAGGUGACAUUUCCCGCCUCCAUAUAUGGGAUACAGUCCUGCCCACUGAUGUUAUCACCAAGGUAAUAGACUGUCAAUCAGAGGACAGCAGGAUUGGGAACCUAGUGGCGUGGGCAGAUGUGAUAACUGGUAUUGAAGGCCAAGUGGAGAUAGUACAACCAACACAGUGUGACUCUGUAAAUGAAUGUUCAUCCAGCCCAUGUCUCAAUGGUGCAACCUGUGAAAACAAGAUAGGAGGCUACCAGUGCCACUGUCCUGGAGGAUACACAGGCACCAAAUGUGACAUUAACAUUGACGACUGCAUUGAUAACUCCUGCAGUAAUGGAGGAAGCUGUGUGGAUGGUAUAGAGGCUUACACCUGUGUCUGUCCCAGUGGGUUUACUGGGAGGUUUUGCCAAGAAGAGAUAGUCCAUGGUGCCUGGGGUCCAUGGUCACUGUGGUCUGAGUGCACCAGGAGUUGUGGCAGUGGAAUGAGGACAAGGAAUCGCCAGUGUGACAACCCUCCUCCCUCACCAGGGGGCAGGCCAUGCAGUGGUAACAGCUUAGAAAGGGAGCAAUGUAACACUGACCCAUGUCCAGCUUGUGUCCCCCUGAAACCUCCAGUGAAUGGUUUCCUGAACUGUACAACCACUGGAGACCUCCAUGAGUGCAUCUCCACCUGUCAGCCUCAGUAUGACUUCAGUGGACCAGCCCUGGAGAAGUACACUUGCAGUGCUAAUAGCAGCUAUAAAUGGAACCACCAGUCUAAGUCUAACCCUAAUGCCCUGUUGCCAAGCUGUGGAAAAACCACUCCUCCCAAGAAUGUCUCUCUGGACUUGUUCCUGUUCUACCCCUUCAGAAACUGCUCCAACCGCUUCCAGCCAUUCCUUCAGACAGCAUUCCAAGAACUCAUCAUAAAUCUCACGGCAAAUAUCAGCUGUAUUCAAACCCUGGAGUGUGAUCUCAGUGCGGCUGCCGUGGGUCCCUGUAUAUUGAACAUCAACAGAACAGGUUACGUGGCCACAUUUGCAUACUCAGCUGAUAUUGAUAUAGGUGAGACAGAGAUGACAGGCGCAUUCCAGAGGCUCCAGCCGGCUGCCAAGAUGGUCCAAAGUAACGUUCUCUCUGGUGGAUUCAGACUAGGAUUCAGUGGUGGAAAGUUUCUGAUGUAUGAGCCCAACUCUCUGGUGAUUUCUGGUAGUUUUGGAUGUGAAGCAGGAUCUGUGUCCAGUAAUAAUACUUGUGUUCUGUGUCCGCGGGGUACGUUCUAUGAUGAUGGCGUGUGUGCCAGGUGUGCUGUGGGCAGCUACCAGGACAGUGAGGGUCAGUUUGAUUGUGACCAGUGUCCAGUGGGGACAACCACACCCUCCUCUGGGUCCAUCUCGCUGCAAGAUUGUGUUUAGGUGUGGCAAGUUAAAAGACAAGAGCACUAAAUAAAUGAAUUUAACCUAAACUGUUGAGACAUGGAUCUAUCUGGAAGAUGAGGACAGCAAUACUAACUUGUGAAAAUGACAACAAUCUGGACCCAGCCAUAGUUGAGAAAGUCAUUUUGAAAAUAUAUGAUAAAUUUAGAGUCUUCAGGCAGAAGAUAAAAUUUGCCAAAAUGGAUACAUUCCAAUUUUCAAUAUUCCAGCUAGACUGUGGGCAAUGUUAUUUUCUGUAUAAUAGUUAUCAGCCAGAUUUUACUAUUGAAUAUCUUCAUUAAAACAUGUAUUGCCUCUGCUUGUACAUCACACAGACUGGCCUGUAAUGUUUUGGUUGUUACAAGACUUACAUGGUUAUGAGAUAAAUCCUUUUGUAUUGCUUGCCUUAGUUUUAAGAACAUUUCAGUCCCUUUAUUUCUUAAACUAGAAGAGAAGUUAUUUUUUACUACUUUUCAGUAUUCUAAAUCCAAGCAUGUUUAGAGAAUUUCAGUUAUGUUGCUUUAAGGUGACAUGUACCUCGAUCUGCAAUAUUAACAGUAUCGUACACUCUUUGAGAAAAACGAGCACACUUGAAUGAAUGAAUUAUAAUUAUUUUUGGUAUUCAUAAUAAACACUUAAACUGCCAAACAAAAUUCUCUCCUUUGUAAGUCACUAAAUGUGAAAAUAAAUGAUCUAUAUUCUUCUCA